AUGGCCCGCCGUCCCGCUCGUUGCUACCGCUACUGCAAGAACAAGCCCUACCCCAAGUCCCGGUUCAACCGUGGUGUUCCCGACCCCAAGAUCCGUAUCUUCGAUCUGGGACGUAAGAAGGCCAACGUCGAUGACUUCCCUCUCUGUGUGCACAUGGUCUCCAACGAAUAUGAGCAGCUUUCCUCUGAGGCUCUCGAAGCCGCCCGUAUCUGUGCCAACAAGUACCUCGUGAAGAUCACCGGUAAGGAAGGUUUCCACAUGCGUGUCCGUGUGCACCCCUUCCACGUCAUCCGUAUCAACAAGAUGUUGUCGUGCGCUGGUGCCGAUCGUCUUCAGACCGGUAUGCGUGGUGCCUUCGGUAAGCCCCAGGGUACCGUUGCCCGUGUGAACAUCGGCCAGAUCAUCCUGUCCGUCCGCACCCGUGACUCCAACCGUGCCGCCGCCAUCGAGGCUCUCCGCCGUUCCAUGUACAAGUUCCCUGGUCGCCAAAAGAUCGUCGUCUCCAAGAACUGGGGUUUCACCCCCGUCCGCCGUGAGGACUACAUCCAGCUCCGCAACGAGGGCAAGCUCAAGCAGGACGGUGCCUACGUCCAGUUCCUCCGUGGCCACGGUCUCGUUGAGAACAACAUGAAGCGCUUCCCCGACGCCUACGAGUCCCAGGCUUAG